GGAGCGCGCGUCAGUUCCGCGCCGGGCUGUCGGAGCGCCAUGGCUGCUCCCAGAGAAAAUGUCAGUUUACUAUUCAAGUUAUACUGCUUGACAGUGAUGACCUUGGUGGCUGCAGCUUAUACUAUAGCUUUAAGAUACACGAGGACAACAGAAAAAGAACUCUACUUUUCAACCACAGCUGUGUGUAUUACAGAAGUUAUAAAGUUAUUGCUAAGUGUGGGACUUCUAGCUAAAGAAACUGGUAGUCUGGGUAGAUUCAAGACAUCUUUAAGUGAAAACGUCUUGGGGAGCCCCAAGGAGCUGAUGAAGUUAAGUGUGCCAUCGUUAGUGUAUGCCGUUCAGAACAACAUGGCUUUCCUAGCUCUUAGCAAUCUGGAUGCAGCAGUAUACCAGGUCACCUACCAAUUGAAGAUUCCCUGCACUGCUUUAUGUACUGUUUUAAUGUUAAACCGGACACUCAGCAAAUUACAAUGGAUUUCAGUUUUUAUGCUGUGUGGCGGAGUCACGCUUGUACAGUGGAAACCAGCUCAAGCUACAAAAGUGGUGGUGGAACAGAAUCCAUUAUUAGGGUUUGGUGCUAUAGCAAUUGCUGUAUUGUGCUCAGGGUUUGCAGGAGUGUAUUUUGAAAAAGUCUUAAAGAGUUCCGACACUUCCCUUUGGGUGAGAAACAUUCAAAUGUAUCUGUCAGGAAUUGUUGUGACAUUAGUUGGCGCCUACUUGUCAGAUGGAGCUGAAAUUAAAGAAAAAGGAUUUUUCUAUGGUUACACAUAUUAUGUCUGGUUUGUUAUCUUUCUUGCAAGUGUUGGAGGCCUCUAUACUUCUGUUGUGGUCAAGUACACAGACAACAUUAUGAAAGGCUUUUCUGCAGCAGCAGCCAUUGUCCUUUCUACCAUUGCUUCAGUGAUGCUGUUUGGAUUACAGAUAACACUUACCUUUGCUCUAGGUACUCUUCUUGUAUGUGUUUCCAUAUAUCUCUAUGGAUUACCUAGACAAGACACUACAUCCAUCCAACAAGGUGAAACAGCUUCAAAAGAGAGAAUCAUUGGAGUGUGAUUUGAGCCUCAGGAGAGAUUUCUACUAUCACUAAACCAUUUGCAUUAAACUAGAGCCUUAAGUCAAUCUUGGAAGGUAGAUUAAACUGAGAACCAAUUAACGAUAUGACAUAAGAAUCAAGAAGAAAGCUAUAUGAAUGAACUGUUAAUACAGAGAUUUAACGUGAGCCUGUUUGGGUUCAAGCUGUACUGUUUAGAAUGAAGGAAUUUUAUUACUGUAUAUAUAAAUAUGUAUAUAAAAAGUAUGGAGAUGAUAUGGUAUUAAAAUCAUGUGAAGCUACAAUGUUCAAGUAACAAGGUGUGGGACAAAUGUUCAAGGGUUAAAGUGCCAAAGCCAUUUCUGUACUAACUGUUCUCUUGUUCAGGUACCAGGGGAGAAGGAUGGCCCUUCCUUGUUCUCCAAUUCACAUACAAUAUUGUGUCCCAGCAGCAGUAAAGACCUAGCUCUUUAAAGAGUCAGAAACGAGACAAGCUAGUUCAGAAACAAACUUGAAUGUGUAAUGGAAUCUAUUUCAUAACUCAGACGAUGAUUCUGGGUGGUGACUGAGUACUUAGUGCUGUAUUUGUGCCAUUCAUUGUCUGGUUCAUAUUUCUUUCCUCUUAGAAGGUAUACUUUUUUUCAAAAACAUUUCUAAUGUCACUUUUAUACUUUUUUUAAUAAAGUAUGGUUAAAUGUUGGGCGCUCAAUAAUUUGUUAAAUUUCAGUGUUUUUAAAAAAAUUUCUAUAAUGUUAAUUGGGAAAUUCAGCAAUAAACUUAUUUAUAUGAA